AAAGUACCCCUGGGGUAUCAUUACCUGGCGGCUUUCCGGGGUGUAUCAUUCCUAGAAACGUUUAUUUAAGAAGAAAAAUGGAGUGUAUUUCAAUUUUCUCAACGCCGGAGGAUUAUGGACCAUUACAAUAACGACCGCCGGUGUGACGGUUUGGAUAACUGCCUCUUCACUCUGUUUUUCUUCGUCGUCGUUUCCUCUUGUUUACUCUUGCUAACACAUUUUCUACGCAUACGUGUCAAACAUUUUUCUUUCAAAAUGUUGAAUUUAGCGCUCCCUCGACGUGAGGGCUAUUCGUGGCACGUCAUUUUUUGUUUCUGGACAUUAGGGUGUAAGAUGUAAAAACCUGUGGACGGACACCCGCUUCGUAGACAGUAUGAUACAAUAUUUUGACAUAACCGUUAUUUUCUGUGUUACGCUCUAUUGCGCAUGCCUAGUGGUAGAUAUAGAACGCUGCCCGACGCCACUUCACUCCGUCCUGGCCGUGAUGUAGGAGCAAAAGUGAAGGGAGCGGAGGACUAAAUAAUGCGUUGGCAAAGUGACAGCGUGGCAACCAAAGGAUUUGACUUUAGAUCCUUCACAAAAUAGAUUGUGGCCAUAAACUGAAGAAUGUCAGGGACACCAAAUGCAGAGGCUGAAGGAGUAGUCUCCAAAGUACAAGUGAAAAAGGAGAUCAAGACAAUCGUGGAGAAUUUGGAAACCAUCCUGGGAGACCUCAAGGAUGUAGCCAAAGAGCUCAAAGAGGUUGUUCAUGACAUCGACACACUGACUGGUGACCUGCAGCUGGAGGAAGACGGAUUGACAGACAGCUCCAAAACGGACACUCUCAACUCCAGCUCGAGCUCCACCACCACCACUACCACCGCCUCCAGCCUGGAGAAGAUGAAGCUCUUCCCUGAUGACUGCAUCUUCAAAGCACCUGCACCCAUCGCCCCUGCCCCUGUCCACCCUCCUGCAGUCCUGACUGUACUCAAGAAACCCCACCCCCCACUACCGCCACCCAGACUUACCCCGCUAAAGGCCGAGGAACACAACAUUAAAAAUCUGCCUCAUCCAACGUUAGUGUUAUCAGGGAAUAUAUCCAAGGCUGCCGGGUCUGUAAUAAGGAAUGGUGGCAUUUUUCCGUUGAAACCAAACAGGGAUUUAUUUUCCUCCACGCCAUGUUUCAUUUCUAAUGAUGGAAUCUCUGAGUCGGGUCUUGUCCCUACAUUACCGAGACCCAUGCCUCUUUUACGCCAUGAAAAGAACAAAUGCCCUAAGGCUACCGGCAGGGAGUCUCGUGAAAGGGAGCGUGUACGUUUUAGUGAGAAGGUCCAGUACCACGGGUACUGCCCAGACUGUGACCUCCAGUAUGACGUGGAUGACACAGAACUUCACAUACAGGCCGAGCUGAAUGACUUUAGGCUCAGUCCAGUACAUUGCUGCUCUUCUUCCCCUCCUCCUCCCACUCAUGCUCAUCAUGAACUCAUGUUGGAAAACGGCGGCCUCCCAAUGAGCCACAGUUUCCCGCCGACAACGAACACUCCACCACCUUGUGUGCCUCCCCACCCGCCUUCCCUAAAGCCCCAGAAAACAAUCCUUCGCAAAUCAACCACUACCACGGUUUGACGCUGAACCACCUGUUCCAUCCGACUUAAACAUUUUUGAAUCAUUCAUAGUGUUUUCUACUUUAUGAGUGCUUUCUACUCCAGUUGAACUUUGGAUUAUCCAAAUAGAGAGGAAGAGCUGGAAAAUAGGAAACAAAGAGAUGGAUAAAAUGAUUGGAGCAGAGACAAAGCCAUCGCCAUGGGCACUGAGAUGUACACAGGAAGAUCAGGAAGAAGCGGGCCCAAUGAGAUACUUGAGAUGCGAAGAAAAAAGAUGCUUGUUUCAUACACCUAUCAACCCUGGCUGAUCUGAGGGGGAGGACCAAGAGCUGAGGCCAAGCAUCAACUUUUUAAAUUUUUUACAUAAAGUAUUAAACACUCUCAGCCACCAGGAGAUCAUCCAAAAAAUAUAUAUUUUGACUUUAAAGCACUGAGCAAACUUCAGGCUGAGUUAUGUGCAAGAGCAAUGUUACUGUGAAGCUUUUAGUGUAAGAGGAAAAGUGGUUACUGUAUGUAUGACUUAUGGAUGUCCAGGUGAUAUUUUUGUUACAUAUAAAUCAUUGAAUUGAUGAUUAGAAUGCUGCUGAAACCCUAUCAUAAAAGUAAAGAGGCGAUUUUAGAUGAAGAGAUGCAUGAUGGGGUGAAAUGAUGUCAGCCAGUAUUUCAUUGAUGUCUUUUGCUCUGUGCAUACUCAGAUGGAAAUCAAUAUCUCCACUCAACCAAUGGAAUUUGCCUUUUUAAGAACUGUAAUUGUUUGUGUCUGCAGAGCAUGCCAGCUCUGCCUGGGAGCACCAUGCUGCUCUGCUGGGCUGCAGAUAAGAAGAAAACAAUAUAUUGUGCAACAUGCACAAUAACGGUGUAUUUUUAGAAAGACUCAUGGUUUAAAAUGAAUGGUGAUGUGGUCACUGAUCUGUGUCCAGCCAUUAUCUUCAUCAUACAUCAAAAUCUUUGUGCUCAACUGGUGACAUGCAAGCUGUGCAUUGUUUUUACAAUAACAUGCAGAGAUAGAGUACAGUGGCAUUGUUACAGCUUUAAUGGGUUCUUGAAGAAGUAAUAAUUUGCAUCAAAUUUUCUUUGUAUACAAAUACACAUGUACAUGUUUGAUAUCUAUAUAUUUCCGGCAUUUUUCUACAGAGACUUUAACAUUUAAAGAGAUGAUAUUUUUGAUAUUGUGUUGGAUGACUGAGGUAUUUUGAUGAAAGCUGACAUUCCUUAGAAGUACUUUGUUUUCAGCAGGGCAUAGCAGGAUGAGUCAAUUAUAUCGUUAAUGGUUGUAUGAAAGAUAAGUGCGUGAAAUAUUAUCACUUAAGAGGACUGUACAGAAUGAGCCAUGAUGUGAGAAAGAAGCUGUAAGUUAAAGAAGAUAAAAGGCGUAAACCAAAUACCUAGUUGUGCUUUAUUAGACAGGAGGCAUGGGCCUGAAUGAAUACACGACUGACUCUUCACUUUGUCCUGCCAUCACUGUGUUUUUCUAUGCAUUUCUGUGGAGAGGCUGUUUGACAGAGGGUCCAGCAUGCAGGUGGCUAAUUUCUGCAGGACAGUAAAGAAAAAUCCCAUUUUAUUUCCUCAUAUAAUGUCAGUCAUGUUAUUUCUGACACCACUACCUGGCAAGUGCUCUGCAUUUUAUGGCAUUGCUUAGGACACUUAAUAAUUUAUUUUAAAAAUCUUACAAAAUGUUCUAAUGUUUUCAAACCCAGAGAAAUUAAAAUGUGAGACACCAAAUUAAAAGAGAGAAUAUUCAUCUAUGUAGAUGAACACAUUUUCAUUUUUGGAUUAAUAAAUGGGUAAAAAUAAAAAUGCACACAGCCUCUCUUCACAUUCAGACCAGAGGCAUGCCACUUGUAAACUCCACCUCUUUGUUCUCACUGGACACAGAAACUGAAGUCAUUAAA